AUAAACAAAACAACAACAAUUGGUCGCUGCGUUGCAAACUUGCCAGCGCACAAGAACCAAAGUAAAGCCCGGAGAUAAUUCACAGUUAGACUGGAUAUUUCAUCUUUCUUUUGGUACCCGAGAUGUUGUCGCAGCAUUAAAACUUGCCAAAGUUGCUGGAGAGAGAAUGCCACCUGAAGGACAUCACAGUGAACUCUAUGCUUAUUUUGCUCUGGAGCUGGUGAUCAUGGCGGGGACGGUGAUGCUGGCCUACUACUUCGAGUACACGGACACGUUCAACGUGCAUGUGCAGGGCUUUUUCUGCUACGACAACGCGUACACGAAACCGUACCUGGGACCGGAAGAGGCGAGCGCCAUCCCGCCCGCGCUGCUCUACGCCGUGGUGUCCGGUGUGCCCACACUCGUGAUAACAGUUACAGAAGCUGUGCUGUUCCUGAUGCAAUAUACAUCAAAAGAUCUGGAUAGUCGAAAGAAGACUAUUGCAACUGGGGACUGUUGUUACCUCAACCCUCUGGUACGCAGGACUUGCCGUUUUUUGGGUGUAUACAUGUUUGGCCUCUUCACUACUGACAUCUUUGUGAACGCGGGUCAGGUGGUGACGGGGAACCUGGCCCCCCACUUUCUGACUUUGUGUAAACCCAACUACACGGCACUGGGCUGCCAGCAGGCCCUACGCUACAUCAGCCACCAGGAGGCUUGCACUGGCAAUGUGGAGGACAUCCUGCGUGCCCGCAAAACCUUUCCCUCCAAAGAGGCGGCGCUCAGCGUUUAUGCCGCGCUCUAUCUGGCUAUGUACAUCACUUGCUCUGUGAAAGCCAAAGGGACCAGGUUGGCCAAGCCAGUCAUGUCUCUGGGGCUGAUGUGCCUGGCCUUCCUGACCGGUAUUAACAGGGUGGCAGAGUACCGUAACCACUGGUCUGACGUAAUCGCUGGCUUUAUCAUCGGGGUGGCCAUUGCCACCUUUCUGGUUGUGUGUGUGGUCCAUAAUUUCAAAGGAAGCCAGAUGUUAAGCGAAGACCCCCGGCAGGAGGACACGAUGGGCUCGCCCAGGGUGGAGAGUCCCCUGGAAAAAUACAUCGCCUCCCAGAUGGCUGAGCUAAGAGCGGAAGAGGAGGCGUUGACACCCCGCUCUCUGAAAGAGCGCCUACUGAGUUUCUUUGACUGGAUCGCAGGCAAAAGAAGCCGCUUCAACCACCUGCAGAGCACAAGGCAAUAAUAAACGUAGGAGCACCUGUGUGAGCGGCGUGUGCCAAGCCUCUGGAAUACACCUCAAUGAUAUUAAAUCCCUGUUAAAACCGGAUCACAUGCCUUUAGCAUGAAUAACCCAAAUGACCUGUUUAUAAUCAGGCUGUAUCCAGAGUGAUUGGCUCUGCUAGCUGAUUCAUCCUGUCCUAUCUAGGUUGUUUUUCACUGUCCUCCUUUCAUUUGAAGCAGACACACUGGCAUUAAUUGUCUGCCUUGAACUUGGAUUAUAACAUCGCUGUUCUUUUAAAUGAGUGUGCCUACAAACCUGAAUCAAUUGGUCUAAUCUUUUUGAGAGUACCAUUUGAUUCAAAGGUCUGGUCAGCUAAUAGAGGUUGAUUGUCCACAAGACAUAUUUAAACGUUUUAUUGUGCAGUGUGUCUUGAGCACAAGAAUGGUUCGUCUCUUAAUGGGCAAAUCUGGUAAUGAAUCUUUGUUUCCACAGUAACUUUAUUAGAACCUUUUAUUCACCCUGCCAAGGCCAAGGAGAAGUUGAUAUAAUACAUUUCAAAAUAUCCAAUUGUCCCAGACUGCUUAGUCUGAAUUUAACUCCCCAGGCUCAGCUGUCCUCCACGGCUGAUCUGAAUACUGAUUUAGCCCAAGUAUUCAACUAUCAAUUAAACCACAUGCUGCAGUCUUACCACUGAGCUUCCAGCUACAGGCUAAUUACACCAUAAACAUGGACCUUUUAAACAAAAUGUACAAUAGUUACAGGAGGAACAUGUGGAAGGAAACAAAUCCAUUGUUUUAAUCCCAGAUUGCUGUGUUGAUUUUGUGUGUGUGUGUUUGGUUUGCAGAUUUUGUUGUUGUUGUUGUUGUUGUUGAAGUGCAUGGGGUGAACUGUGUAGAAAGAGAAUGAUACUUUGACCAAUAAAAAAUACUAAUGACCUAUUUAUUUGUUCUUUCAAGGUUCAAGAGAUGCUUAUCAGUGAUAUUUGUCUUUGGUGAUAAAGCUCACAUAGAUGAAUAGCAUAUGAGGAAGGACAUUGGAGGACAGCGACGUACCCUAUUCUGCUUGACUGUUACCGAAAACAUCCCUUAGCUCAGGCUGCUGUCACAACCUAUAGUAGAGAUGAAACGAGUUCUCGUGAAGGAAAGUUAGCGAAUGGGAUUUGGAAGUGUAAACCGGUUUUGAGGAGUGUUCAUCCCACUUCUUGUCCAUCAUAUCAGCAUAAUUGACAGCAUAAUUGACAUAAUUGAGUCAUUACUGAUGUCUGCUCUUGCAAGGUGCAGACAACUGACACAGAUGAAAGUUAAAAAAUUCUUAAAGGCUCUUGCUUGAACUUUUGGCAGUGUGUAGGUGUGAUGAGUGGAUCAGUCGAUUUUGCAGUUUUAGUUGAUCUCUGUUCUCGAGGUUUUUAGUACAAGACACAUUUCAAACUGGAGACAGGUCUGGCAUUUCCCAACCAUUACAUUACUGUACAUUUCCAAGGACAGCAGUGGAAAAGACAAUAAUGAGUGCACACAUUAACCAUAAAAUCUAAAAACAAACAGGAAAAGAUCAUAUUUAUUUCAUAGUUGUAAUAAACCAUUCUGGUUUGAUUUUAUUUCCUG